AUGACCGCCCCUAAAAAUAAACACUCGAAGAAGAUUGUUUCACAAUUCUCCUUACCUACCUUUCAGGGAGUUGCAACAAUCAGAUCCGAUUUACGAGAUCCUUCAAACGACGACGGGCGGAACAACAACAACAACAACGCCAGCAUUGCAACAACAACAGCAGCAGAGGAAGCCACUACAACAGCUUCAGAGUCUGGUGCCUCGACGACAACUGCAGCAGCAGCGACAACGACCACGGCGGCGGGGACAACUGCCGGGGAAACCACAACAACAGCAACGAGGGGGACCAGGACCACUUCUUGUAUCCCACGGCGCAAAGCUACAACUGCAGUCGGACCCGGACCAGGACCACAACCACAGGCUGCGUUCCCUUCACCUUCAGCGGGACCAAACGAUAGGUGCCCAUAA